AUGAAUGGGAUCUCGGUGGGUUGCUGGUCUUCUCUGCUCUUGGCCUUUCUGCACGCAGGCCUGGGGUCUGCCCAUCCAGUGACCUGGAGUCCCUCUGGCCAGGAGCUGCAGUCUCUGCAGGAUCUCCUUGAGCGGCUGAAGGAGAAAUUUGAACAAGGAGAAAGGGAGACUUUGGAUCUGGAGGUUCCCGAUUACCGGGCGGAGGAUGCUGCCGAUGUCUCUCCCUUUGACCUUGCCGACUCCGCCAGCCACCUGAACUCUCCGUCCCCGCUCCAGCAGACUGAAGUGAUCAACCAGUGGAGAAAAUUCCUGGCCUCCCCAAAACGGAGGAGGCACUUCUCCGGGUGCUUUGGGGCCAGGCUCGAACGGAUCGGGACCCAAACAGGACUUGGGUGCAACAUCUACAAAUCCCGUUCCCGGAGGAAAUCCAGAAGCUGAAACCAGAACAAGAUACCUUUAUCAACUUGC